ACCAUGGCCUUCAACGGCAAGUUCGAGAUGGAGAGUGAGAAGAACUAUGACGAGUUCAUGAAGCUCCUGGGGCUUUCCAGCGAUGUGAUAGAAAAGAGCCGCAACGUGAAAAUCGUCACUGAGAUAAAGCAAGACGGGCAGGACUUCACCUGGUCCCAUCACGCAUCUGGGGGACAAGUCAUGACCAACAAGUUCACCAUCGGCAAGGAAAGUGAAAUACAGACCUUCGGGGGCAGGAAGUUCAAGGCCACCGUGAAGAUGGAGGGCAACAAGGUGGUGGCGAGCUUUCCCAACUACCAGCACACCUCAGAGAUCGUUGGGGACAAGCUGGUGGAGGUCGCUAGCAUUGGGGGCGUGACCUUCGAGCGUGUGAGCAAGCGCCUGGCCUGA